UCAGCAGGGACUUAGGUUUCAGGCUCACAGUUGUCUGAGUGAGAAGAGACGGCGUCAAUGGAUCUGGCUGUGGCCCUGGUGCUCUGUCUCUGCUCUCUGCUUCUCCUCUCACUCUGGAAACAGAGCUCUGGGAGAGGGAAGCUCCCGCCGGGCCCCACUCCUCUCCCGAUUCUUGGAAACAUCCUACAGUUAGAUGUUAAGAACAUCAGCAAAUCUUUAACCAAUAUCUCAAAAGUCUACGGCCCUGUGUUCACUGUGAAUUUUGGUGUGAAGCCCGUCGUGGUCUUGCAUGGAUAUGAAGCAGUGAAAGAAGCCCUGAUUGAUCUGGGAGAGGAGUUUUCUGGAAGAGGCAUAUUUCCAUUGGCUGAAAGAGCUAAUAAAGGAAAUGGAAUCAUUUUCAGCAAUGGGAAGGCUUGGAAGGAGAUGCGGCGCUUCUCCCUCAUGACCCUGAGAAAUUUUGGGAUGGGGAAGAGGAGCAUUGAGGACCGAACUCAAGAGGAAGCCCGCUGCCUGGUGGAGGAGUUGAGAAAAACCAGUGGGUUGCCCUGUGAUCCCACUUUCAUCCUGGGCUGUGCUCCCUGCAAUGUGAUCUGCUCCAUUAUUUUCCAGAACCGUUUUGAUUAUAAAGAUCCGAUUUUACUAGAUCUAAUGGAAAAAUUGAAUGAAAACGUCAGGAUUCUGAGCUCUCCAUGGGUUCAGGUUUGCAAUAAUUUCCCUGCACUUAUUGAUUAUUUACCAGGAAGUCAUAACAAAGUACUUAAAAAUGUUGCUGAUUUAAAAAGUUAUGUGUUGGAGAAAGCAAUGGAACACAAAGCAUCCCUGGAUAUUAACAACCCUCGGGACUAUAUUGAUUGUUUCCUGAUCAGAAUGGAGCAGGAAAAACAAAAUCAACAAUUGGAGUUUACUUUUGAAAACUUGACAACCACUGUAUUUGAUUUGUUUGGAGCUGGGACAGAGACGACAAGCACCACUCUGAGAUAUGGGCUCCUCCUGCUGUUAAAGCACCCAGAGGUCACAGCUAAGGUCCAGGAAGAGAUUGACCACGUGAUUGGAAGACACCGGAGCCCCUGCAUGCAGGACAGAAGCCACAUGCCCUACACGGAUGCUGUGGUCCAUGAGAUUCAGAGAUACAUUGAUCUGAUCCCUUCUAGUCUACCCCAUAUGGUGACCCAUGACGUUGAAUUCAGAAACUAUAUCAUCCCCAAGGGCACAGAAGUAUUAGUAUCUCUGACUUCUGUGCUGUAUGACGACAAAGUAUUUCCUAACCCAGGAGUGUUUGACCCUGGCCACUUCCUGGAUGAGAAUGGUAACUUUAAAAAGAGUGAUUACUUCAUGCCUUUCUCAGCAGGAAAACGGAUUUGUGCAGGAGAGAGCCUGGCCCGCAUGGAGGUGUUUUUAUUCCUGACAGCGAUUUUACAAAAAUUUACUUUGAAAUCUGUGGUUGACCCAAAGGACAUCGACACCACCCCAAUUGCCAAUGGGUUCGCUUCUGUGCCACCUCCUUACAAGCUCUGCUUCAUUCCUCUGUAAGAAGGUGUCUCCUAUGAUGUUGUCUUCAACUCCUUCUCAUCUGGGGCACUGGUCACUUCCUUCCUCUUCAUCUUCUGCCUAGGAAUGCCUUCUCAACCUCUUUUCUUGUUAUGGUGUAGUUUCACUGCAGAAAUGUACCUGCUAUUCUCCAUGUCCUGUAACAUUUUUAUUGGCCAUCACAUAUGCUAAUGCUUUAUCUAUUAUUGAGUAGCACUAUGUAGUCAAUACAAAAUAGAACAAGAUGAUUAGCAUAUGGCAAUGGAGAGUCAUUAUUCCAGUGCAUGUUCCUAAUAAAAGGUGUAAUUUGAUGAGCCAGUUCUCAGAGUUUCCUUAUGGUGUGCAUAAUACAAGUAAGAAAGGAAGGAAAGUAAUCCAAAGAAGUCAUGUUGGUCUCAUAGUGAUCAGCACAGAGGACUAGGGAGAUUAAGCAGGAAAGUUCUCUUGGCUGCAUGUCACCUAGAGUUACUUGAGGUUUGCAUUUGAAACUGAAAGAGAUUGUGUUCAGGUGUGCCUCAAUAGGAAAAUAUGAUAGUGAUAGUAAGGAAUUAAAGGAAUUAAAUCCAAAGUAAGCCACAGAAAACUACAAAUGAAAAUUAGAGCAGAAAUCAGUGAAAUUGCAAACAAGGAAUCAAGAUAAAAGUCAAUGAGACCAAAGCUAAUUCUUUGAAAGGUUGAAUAGAAUUGAUAAACCCAUAAGUAACCUAUUCCCCACUCCGAGAGAGAAGACACACAUUAUUAAUAAUCAUUGCUAAAAGAGGGACCAUAACUUUAAGUCCCAGAGCACUAUAAGGAUAAUAAGGGACUAUUAUGAAGCUGUAUGCCCACCAGUUUGAGAAGUUCAAUGACAUAGUUAAUUUCACACACAAUCUUUCAAAAUUCACACACGAAAGAGUAACAUCAGUAACAUGGCACAAUAGGAAGACUUGAAUGUUUCUUCUCCUAAUGGACACAUUAAUUCACAGAAACACAUGAAUAUAUUCUCUUUAUAAAAAUCCAAAAACUACUUGAAAGACUUCUGUACCCUUAGUGAAUGUGAACCUAGCCAUGUCAAAGCCAGAAAGAGAAGCAGAUCCUCUCUCACUACAACUACCAAGCCCAGCAAUGUGCCAUAUAACUGGGCAGGAAUCCCCCUCCCAGCUCUCAGCUUCCCCUUGAGGAGCAAAGGAGUUGCCAUGCACAUCUGGCAUUCCAACUUCUCACAGCUGUGGGGGAGCUUCAUGAGGAACUGGCCUCUGUGUUACUUUUCUUGGAGCAUUGAAAGGACUCAGCAAGCUGAAGACACCUGGGAGUUUCAAGAACAUAAGAAGCAGGCUGGACUAGCACACUAGCACACAGAUUUGAGAGACCUCCAGAAUCUCUGGCUGAGCUGAUUGGUGAAGUUCUUCUUCUCCAUGUGACUAGUCAGUGAAGACUGAAACUAGCUUUUGUCUAAUGUGCAAACAGUAAUGGAGAGAGUCAAGGAAAAUGUAGAAACAGGAGAUGUCUGAUUGACCUGAAACAUCAUUCAAAAUUAGUCAUGAAGUCGAUCACUGGGGUCUGGAGAACAGUAAAGAAAUGAAGUAGGAAUUUCAACAACAGGGCAGAAAAUUCAAAGGUAUGAAACAGAAAUCAUAGAGCUGAAGAGUACUUUUUGUAUUUAAAGAAAAUCAUUAGUGGAUGUAACAAUAGGCUAGAUCAGGCAGAACAAAAGAUCAGCAAACCUGAAGAUAAGUCAUUGGAAAUUAUUCAAUUGAGGGCAAAAAGAAAAAAGAAGGAAAAAGAAAAGGAGUUUAAGGGACUUAUAGAACACUAUCAAGUAGAUCAAUACAUGCAGUCAAGGAGUCAUAGACAGAGAAGAGAGAAAGAGAAAGGACCAGAAAACUUAUUAUUCCAGAAAACUUAUUGAAAUUAACAAUGGCAGAAAACUUUCCACAUCUGGGAGAGGAAGUGCACAUAGAAGGAAGGAGGUACCAAGUAGGACACCCCUUACUCAGGGAAUAAAGUGGUUACUCCAAGAAAGUGAUAGCUUUUUUUUUUCCCAGAGAUUUUUCUUUCUUUUUUUUUUUUUUUUCAUUUAAUUUUAUUAGUUGGAGGCUAACUACUUCACAAUAUUGUAAUGGUU